AUGGGAUGUGUAAAUAGCAAUUCUCAUUAAAAAAGAAAGAAAGAUUUUGAUAUCACAAAUAUUCCUAUCAUGUUAAAUAAUCAAAAAUCAUCGAACAUUGAAAAAAUUCAAGAUAAUUGGUUAGAAUUGAAAAAUAACUCUAUACUGGCUAGACGACAUCAACAAAGUAAAUUAUCCAUAAAGGUUACUACUAAUUCAAAAUCUCCCUUGUCUUGUGUAAGUCGCAAUUGA